CAGCCGAUUACCACGAUUCAGGCCGAAACGAUUUGCGGAAAAAAUGGCCCUCCAUUUAGAGUGUUUGGCACUUGGGGCGCAUGGUUCCGUCAGUCUGCGAUCUACCGGCAAGGAAGCAGCCUGCUCUGGUCUCUUGUGGCCCUCCUAGUCCAGCGAAACCGACGACGAGUCUACCCAGCCACCGACAUGCGGGAUAAGAGCCAGGAGCCCUGCUGUCUGCCCUUGAAGGAGGAGUUCCAGCGCUCCAAGUUCUCGCUGCACCACGAUGAUCCUGGCGCUUUCUGCCGAUCGCAAUGGCAGAAGGGGGACCGCAACUUCAUCUGGCUGCUCUACCGAUGGGUCCUGGCUGGCUUCUUCGCCGCCGGCGUCAUCGGCAGCAUGGUGGAAGCCUUCAACGGCGGUCGCUGGUUCAUUUACCUCACGGAUUGGGGAUUUUCCUUGUGCUUUUAUUGCUGCACCUAUGGAGCGAUAAUAGCCACUAUUUACUUCAUAAAGCCCUCGUAUUUUGCUCCUGGCAGUUGGGCCUUGAAAAUCUACUGGAUUUCACACUACACCACUGUGGUUCUAGCCAUGAUGAUUACCCUGGUAUUCUGGGCUGCUCUCUAUCCAUCUAUGCCAGAAAUGGGGGCCGACCUGUACAACCUGUGGGCGCAUGCGUUUAAUUCCAUUUUCAUGGUUUUCGACUGCUUUAUGGUCGCCUUCCCCACCAGAAUUAUGCACUUUGUUUAUCCCUUCAUCGUUGGCCUUACCUAUGGCCUAUUUUCGUUAAUUUACUUCUGGGCUGGAGGAGUAGAUCCGAUGGGAAAUCGCUUUAUCUACUUCAUCUUGGACUGGGAGCGACCUGGUCUGGCCAUAGGAACGGUUUGUGGCUGCAUUGUCCUUGUCAGCUGCUUCUGUAUCUUGGUCUUUGGACUCUACAGAUUACGUAUCUCGAUUUACGAAAGCUGUUGUAAGAAACCGGAGGAAAUUCCGGCCACUACGGUUACUCAUAAAGAACCAGCCCAAACGGUUUGAUUCGAAAUCUUCCAUUCCUUGUGCGACUCUGAAGAACUUGGUAGAGGUUUUUUGAUGGAUUUUAAUUAUUUCGUCCAUCAUAAAAUCAUACCCAAAAGACAAGCUUUUAUUUUGUACAAUAAAUGCUCUUCUUGCUGAAUGUUAAGGAAAGUAAACUUUCUUUGUGUUUUCUACUAUUCAUAUUGAAGUUGUAGAAAUGAUUUUACAUAUAAUAUUACUACAAAAGUUAAAUAAAAUAUAGUUUCAUUUAUUAACAAAUGUAUCAAUUGAUGGAGGAUUAACUAAUACUUCGAUUCCUUUUUUAUUUUUUAACGAAAGCUAUGAGAAAUUUUCUAAAAGCUGCAUUAAUAAAUCGCUAUACAUCAAAA